UUCUCCUUCACUUUCGGGUUCACCCACUCCUUCCUGCUCACCGUUAUGGGCUAUGACUGCUACGUGGCCAUCUGCCACCCUCUGCGCUAUAGUGUGCUCAUGAGUCCUGGUAGAUGUGCCUGCCUAGUGGCCUGGUCCUGGGCUGGUGGCUCAGUCAUGGGGAUGGUGGUGACAAUGGCCGUUUUCCACCUCAUCUUCUGUGGACCCAAUGAGAUCCACCAUUUUGCUUGCCACAUGCCAGCACUGUUGAAGUUGGCCUGUGGAGCUGAUGUACCAGGGGUGGCCAACGGUGUGGGCCUGCUCUGCAUCACUGUCCUGCUGGGCUGCUGUCUCCUCAUCCUCCUCUCCUAUGCCUUCAUCGUGUCUGCCAUCUUGAGGAUCCCCUCAGCUGAGGGCCGGCACAAGGCCUUCUCCACGUGUGCAUCCCAACUCACUGUGGUGGUCAUGCACUAUAGCUUUGCCUCUGUCAUCUGCCUCAGGUCCAAGAGUCCCCAGUCUCUGGAAGGAGACACCCUGAUGGGCGUCACCUACACGGUCCUCACGCCCUUCCUCAGCCUCAUCAUCUUCAGCCUCAGGAACAAGGAGCUGAAGAUCGCCAUGAGGAAGACCUUCCUCAGCAAGCUCUACCCAGAGAAAAUGUGA